AUCCCCCAUGACCCAAAAGGAAGAACAUCAAAGGGGUCAGCGUCAAAUCCAGUCGGUCGGAAGCGAGAGAGAGAGAGAGAGAGAGAGAGAGAGAGAGAGAGGUCUUGCCAUCUGUCUAUCUUCUUUCAAACGUGAAGAAAAAUUUGUACCCAAAUCCCUACAAAGAAACAAAGACACAUUGAAGUAAUUAAUCUCCAUCUAUAAACCCACAUCCCGUCCCAUCCCAUCCCAUGGCGGUGGAGAGCUGAACAGCUGACUCUUCUCAUUUAAGGUCACAUUCAAAUCCUCUCUCUCUCUCUCUCUCUCUCUCCUCUUUGUCGUCGUUCACUGUGGAGCCUACUCUUCCCUUCAUCCAGCGGCGCCCUUAGUCUUUACUUUGUUUCCAAGCUCACCCACUCUCGCCUCUCUCUCUCUUCACUUUCUUUCUCUCUCAUGCUCUUUAUUUAUUUAUUUAUUUUUAUAUAAGCAAAUCCCACAUCAAGGCAACCUCUUCCUCAUCCCACUAUACGUCUCACCCUUUCUAUUCUCAUCCGCUGCUUCCAUUUCUUCCAUCUAAUUUUUAAAAUAUUUCAUACCCAUUAACCCAAUCACAGAGACAGAGACAGAGACAAAUUAAGAGAGAAAGAAUUGAAGGGAGAGAUGAAAGGGGAAUAUGUAGAAGCAAAGAAUGACAACAACAUGUUCGCCAAACUCCACCCCCAACACCAUCACCACCACCACCACAAAUUCUCCCACGUCCUCCUCCCCCCUUCCCCUUUCCCCAUCGCCCGUGAAUGCCACAACUCCGAGGAAGACGACAGCCGCAGCAGCGGCGGUGCCCCCGGCGGCUCCGCCCCUCCCUCCGCCGCUCCCUCUUCCUCCAGGGGCGGUAAGUCCGCCGAAGGUACCGGCGACGGGGCUACCAUAGAAGUGGUCCGCCGGCCCAGAGGCAGACCGCCCGGUUCUAAGAACAAGCCCAAACCGCCGGUUAUCAUAACCCGGGACUCCGAUCCCCCCAUGAGUCCGUACAUCCUCGAGGUCCCCGGUGGCGUAGAUGUAGUCGAGGCCAUAGCGCGGUUCUCCCGCCGCCGAAACGUGGGUCUCUGCGUCCUCACCGGGUCCGGCACCGUCGCAAACGUCACUCUCCGGCAACCCUCCACUACGCCGGGCGCUACCGUUACGUUCCACGGCCGCUUCGACAUACUUUCCAUUUCCGCCACGUUUAUGCCCCCGGCGGCGUCGUCUCAGCUCCCCUCCUCGACCGGCGGGUUCACCAUAUCGCUGGCCGGCCCGCAGGGUCAGAUCGUCGGGGGGUUGGUCGCCGGGCCCCUGCUUGCAGCCGGGACGGUUUACGUCAUCGCCGCUUCGUUCAACAACCCUUCGUACCAGCGCUUACCGGCGGAGGACGAGGUGGGCAAUUCGGUGUCUGGAAACGACGGCCAGUCGCCUCCGGGGGCGUCGGCUGACAGCGGGCACCCACCGGCGCCGGAGAUGCCUAUGUACAGCUGUCCUCUGGGGUCUGACGUCAUAUGGGCCCCCACAGCACGACAACCACCGCCAAUGCCUCCUUACUGAUCAAGCUAAUAGAGUUCGAUGGAUCGGCCCAUUAAUUCAUGCUAGCAGCUUUUAUGCCCUCACCUAGUUAAUGUGAAUUUUAUUCAGUAAUUUGUUUUGUUUAAUUUUCAUGUUGUAUGGUACGUAGCUCUAGUUCUUAUUUCUGAACUUCUUUAAUUAAUUUUCUUCUCUCUUUUUUGGGAUGAAAUUGAGAACGGAGAGAUCAGAAAAACA